AUGAGUGCUUUGGAACGGAAACGUGCAUGGAAUCGUGAUUUAGCGAAAAAAGCAGCAGCAACAGCAGUUGCAAAAUCUACUGUUGCACCAAUUUCUAGUGAAGGGCCAAAACUGAGAUCUUACUGUGGAGUGGAUUCUACAGAGCUAUUAAGUCGACAAACGACUUUAGAAAAGCGUUGUUUUGAGCCAUCUAUCAGUGAGCUUUACAAUUUUGAACACCCUUCCUUUGAUAAGGAUGUCAGUUUUUCGUUCAAAGUGUCUAAUGCGCGUUACAUAAAGAAGGGCGAGUUAAUUGUAAGUUCGAUGAAAAGAAACUACAGUGACACAGAUUUGAAGCCGCCUGUCAGAAUAAUCGUUCGAAGUAGAAGUUCAUCGGAAAUGUUAGGAAAAUCUGUAUUAGAAACGACGAAAACAACUUUGGUAUCGAAUGGCAGUAAUUCAGCGCAGAGUUCGUUCAGUGAGAAACAUUUAAAUACAUCUGGAUGCAUUCUAAAGUCUGAAUUGCGUAACUCUUGUUCAUGGAAUCCCAAAAAAAGGAAAGUUGAAGGUAAUGCAGAACCACCUACCAAGUUGGAAGAGAAAGUGGAUUCGAAAAAAAAAGUGUUGGCAAAGACGAUUUCUGCGAUACCAUCCCUUGUUGUAAACGAAGGAGCCGCUAGAAAUAGAAAUAAAUGUUUCCCCGGAGCGAUCUGUUCAUCGCGUCUUUCCGCAGCGUUAAACCGUAACUCUGAGUGGGAAAAAUUGGCACUGAAGAGUAGAUCCAUAUUUUUGAAACAGAGAAGUCAGAAAAUGCUAAAGGAUCGUUUGGAAAAGUACUGUGUAAUAAAACAGAAAUCUCAUAUGUACUACGAAGGAAAAUCAGAUGCAAAGGAAGCAAGUCAAACACCAGUAACUCACUAUUUAACAAACAGAGGAGAAUUUAAUCAAGACUUUUUUUGUCUCUUCUCCAGUGAUCUCAAUAAAAAUAAAGUCAAACAAAGCGGAAUUUUAUGUGGAAGUAAUGAGAGUGAGACUUCGGUGGAGAAAAACAUGCCUUCAAGAAGAAUUUUGAAUCAUGGGAUUUCAAAGCUUGACAUGCAGGGGUUUAGAAAAAUUCCAUUCUCUUCUCUAAUUAAAAGUGUACCACUUACCGCAGUCGACGGGAAUAGUAGUAAAGUUAUGAAUGUAAAGGGAUUGUCCCUUAUUAGUCAUACUAAGGAAGCUACAGAGAUAGAAGUAACAAAAGAAGUGGAAUCUUUGGUAGAAAAAGCUUUACUUCAGACAGCCGCAAGCUCCUACUUUCGUACCAAUCAGGUUUUAAGGAAAUGUGUCAGUGGUAGUGUUCAGGAGGGCUGUGAUUUUCAUAUGACAAACAAUAAUGCUAAGCUAAGGAAAAUGUGGGCAUUAGUGGCAGAAGAAAGUUCACUGACGGACAGCUUGAAUGAUAUUAAUACAAAAAUAAGCAAAAUUAAGGCGAACUUAUGCACCUUGUCCAAUGAAUCUUUCCAGAUUACGAAAAGAUUGGAUGAGGUGCGAUUUCUCAAAAAUCAGCUCUUGAGUAAUUCUCAGUGUAAGUUUCAUCCAAAUUUCCAGCUAUGA